AUGGAUAUUUUGGAAGAAACGAGUUUGUUGAAUGUUAAACCAGCUGAUACUCCUAUGGAUCCAGGUGUCAAACUACUACCCAAUCAGGGGGAGCCUCUAUCCGACUCAGGAAGGUAUAGAAGAUUGGUUGGAAAGUUGAAUUAUCUCACAGUCACUCGUCCAGACAUUUCUUUUGCAGUUAAACUGAUGAAAGCUGAAUUUAAGAUGGGUCUUGUUGGUGAAUUAACCUGUUUUCUUGGUCUUCAAGUGAAGCAGAUGGAUGAUUCUAUCUUAAUCUCUCAAAGUAAGCAUGCCAAGAACAUAGUGAAGAAGUUUGGUAUGGAGAAUGCUAGUCACAAGAUGACACCUGCACCUACUCAUUUGAAGUUAUCUAAAGAUGAAAAAGGUGUUGAUGUGGAUCAAAGUCGGUAUAGGAACAUGAUUGGUAGCCUGUUAUACCUUACAGCUAGCAGACCUGACAUCACAUUUGUUGUAGGUGUUUGUACAAGAUAUCAAGUUGUGCCUAAAAUGAGUCACAUCAAUAAAGUGAAGAGGAUUCUGAAGUACAUCAAUGGUACAAGUGACUAUGACAUGUUAUACUCUCAUGGAUCUAAUUUCAUACUUGUAGGGUAUUAUGAUACGGAUUGGGCAGAUAGUAUUGAUGAUAGGAAAUGCAUUUCAGGAGGUUGCUUCUUCUUAAGGAACAAUCUUAUAUCUUGGUUUAGCAAGAAGCAAAAUUGUUUAUCCUUAUCCACUGUUGAGGAUGAGUAUAUUGCAGCAAGAAGCAGUUGA